GCUGUAUGGGAGAGCGAGUGUACCAGUUCCAACGCGACGGAGUCCAAUCUGACGCUCACGUCAAGUACACAGGCUUCACCAAACCUGUCGCUCUUGAGUCCAUCUCCUUCUGCGUCCGGCUGAAGUUCUACUUUCUGUGGGACGUGUCGGGUUUCCUUCAGCUCUCAAACGCCUCUGACGUGCACAAUUUACGGGCAGAGGUGAACUUGGACAACAUAAGAGUGACGCUUGUCAAGUUCCGACGUUUCCACUUCCUGAAGCACCGUCUGCGCGCGCUCACCUGGCACCACAUAUGUGUCACGUACAACGACGGCCUCAUGAUUUCCUAUCUGGACGGAGAGGAACAGGAUCGACAGAUAGGCAACCUUAGUGACGUCAUCACCGGCAACGUCCUCAAAGCGGGAUCCUGGGACAAGGCGAACAGCUUCAGCGGCCAACUGACGCAGGUUAACAUUUGGAGUCGAGCUUUGUCGCCCAGGGAAGUCGUGGCCAUAGCGGAGUGUGAGAACGUGCCUGAGGGCGACAUAGUGUCGUGGUCGGGGCCCUGGGAAAUGCACGGGGAUGUCCAGGAAUCAGAGGAAUCCAUCGCUGAGUUGUGCGAAGACUCAGCUGCCACCGACUACUUCUACUUUAACGAAGUCACCGCCAGCUCAGCAUUUUCUAUAUGCCACGGCCUUGGAGGCAACGUCCCCAUCCCUAGGUCAGAAAAGGAGUACCAAGUGAUCCAAAAUGUUGUCGAGAAGUAUCGGCGCAACAGCUCUUGUGAAAACUACUGGGUCGGGAUAACGGACCGCGAUCAGGAGGGCGUCUGGAUGGAGCCCUACCACAACCAGCACGUCCACCCCAUCUGGUCCAUGGCCGAGCCCGACGGCGACAAAUUAGAAAAUUGCGCCGUAGCUUCGAGUCCAUCCGGCUUUUCUGACAGCCGCUGUGACUUGCUCCUGUGCGUGGCGUGCGCCGUGCCGCGGAGGCCCGUGUGGUCGUUGCUGGGCGCGUGCGAGCGCCACCGGCGGAACACCCACCUGGUGGCCAGCCAGGACGCAGCCGCGAACCUCAUCUUCCGCGGUUACUCGGACUACCAAAUCGUGCAAGGUAGAAAUGCGAGCGAGUGGCUGUGGUGGGACUGGCAGAAGAACGAAACCAUCGCCAUUCUCGCAAACCCCGUCAACGGCAUCCCCGUCGGGCGGCAGAACUGGACCCUGAAGAAGGCGAUGUGCGGGCGGGCGGAGAGCGAGAGCCUCCGGCUGCUUCUUACGCCCUGCGGGGAAGGCUUCUUCUCCUGCGACGACGCCACCUGCAUCCCCCUGUACCAGCGCUGCGACCUCAAGUUCGACUGCAGGGACCAGAGCGACGAGAGCGGCUGCCAGCUGGUGCGCUUCCCGCCCGUGUACCGGCCCGACCUGCCGCCCGCCAUCAACUACAACAUCAACAACAACACGUCGGCGCCCCUGCCCGUGGGCGUGACCAUCAUCAUCGAGAGCGCCGACGUCGACACCAGGUCCAUGCACAUGCACGCCAACCUCAACGUCUCGGUGACGUGGAGGGAGGCGAGGAUCGACUUCCUGAACCUCAACGAAGACUACACACUCAACCGUGUUCCGUACGAAACGAUGCAGAAUCUGUGGACUCCGGUGAUCGACUUCACGAACACGAAGGGGAACCACAUCACCAUGACGGACGAGGAGGCCACGAUGGUCGUCAACAUGCAGGGGCGACCCAGCCUCGGGGACAACAAGCAGCCCGAGGAAGUGGAGGUGUACAGCGGCCUUGAGAACCCUCUAACGGUUCGCCGGAAGUACAGCAUUACCUUCCAGUGUCAGUUUGACCUCAAGAUGUAUCCCUUUGACCAGCAGUAUUGUGACUUGGAGCUUACGAUGCUGUCUGCGUCGUCCCGCCUGCUGGUGUUCGACGAGCCGGCGACGCGCGCGCUCUUCGACGGGAACCCACAGCUCGUCGAGUACACCGUCGGAGAAGUCGAUGUCGAGUUCUUCAAUGAAAAAGAUUUUGCAGUGAUAUUUGUUAAAGUGGAGCUGCUGAGGCGGUCGGGCUUCAUCAUCAUGAACGUGUACAUUCCCUCGCUGUGUCUCCUGGUGAUCAGCUACCUCACGCUCUACUUCUCGGCCAACAUCUUCCAGGUGCGCGUCCUGGCCUCGCUCACGUCGCUGCUCGUCAUGGCCACGCUCUUCACGCAGGCCUCCUCUUCCCUGCCGAAGACAUCAUACUUCAAGAUGGUUGACGUGUGGCUCCUGUCCAGCAUCUUCUUCAUAUUCAUCAUCAUCGUCCUGCACACCGUGAUCGACCGCGCGAGGGAGGCGGACAACGCGCGGGAGGCUAAGGAGGCGAAGAAGCGGGCCAAGGUCCCGUCAGCGUCCUCCUCUGAGAAGACCAACGUGGUGCAUCCUUCGGACCCGGGCGGUGCGGCCUCGACCCUGACGGAGGUGAACGAGCCCUCGCAGAGCUGCAGCGGCGUGUCCCUGUGCGUUCCCUCUGAGCUGCUCCCCAACGCUCAAGACGAGGGCGGCGCCCCCGUGCCACUACACGAGAAGAUCAUCCAGGGGGCCAGAAUCGCCGUCCUUGGCAUCCUCCUGAUCUUCAAUUUCUGUUACUGGAUUGUUGUUUUGGUGUAACGUCCCGUGCUGGUUUGUUUCGCCCACACUCCGUUUCGGCGGCCUGCUUUGCCCGAGUGAAAUACGCGAGUAUUUUAGAUAGACAGUUAAUGCAGGCAAAGUUGGAACGUUAUUUCAGUAUUUUCAUCUCAAACAGUGAAAUUGAUUGUUUACGUUUAUUAAGUUAGAGGAAGUUGAUAGCAGAAACGUGAUUUGCAAAAUAAUUAGUCCCCUAACAUUUAAUACAUAAAUUAUAGACACAUUUACAUCACGACUGUUAUUCCACUGUAUAUCUCUACCGAUCCAAAGACUUCUGGUUACCAGGUGAUAUCCUUUGCACUUUCUAAUGUCUUUCAGAAAUUAGUUUUUGUUGUGUUUGUACUGUAAUUUAUGAUAUCUUUCAUAACCCUCGUCAUUAUCUGUUUACUAUACUAUAGACCCUAUAGAUUAUUUGCACUUCAUGGUGUUGUGUGAAUAAUAUUUGACAAAUAAUUUUUUUGCACGUUUUAUCAAAUAAAGCGAAUUGCAAUAA